CCGACUCGCUUUUCACGCAACCGGUGUCUGUUUUCGCCCCACGUGUAGAGAAUUGAGUCGUGUUUCUUCUCACCGGUGCGUUCCAUAUUUUUCGGACAAAAAUGUCUUUCGAGCAGAUGAAGGCGAACGUGGGCAAACUCCUGCGAGGAAUUGAUCGUCCCAACAUUCAAAGUCCCUACACUCAGUUGUAGGCUCUGUGCAUUCCUCUUUUUCUUCUGACGCUGGAUGCGGUUUCCUCCUCUUCUUUGUCUUCGACCCACAGUAGCUGAAUUUCCACCAACGCCCUGCAGCUACAACCCAGAAAACUUGUCCACGUUGGAGCGCUACGUGGAGACACAAGCCCGGGAAAACGCGUACGACCUGGAGGCCAACCUUGCUGUUCUCAAACUCUACCAGUUUAACCCGGCCUACUUCCAGACCAACGUGACGUCCCAGAUCCUGCUCAAGGCGCUCACUAAUCUGCCCCACACCGACUUCACGCUCUGCAAGUGCAUGAUUGACCAAACACACCAAGAGGAGCGCCCCAUCAGGCAGAUCCUCUACCUGGGAAACCUGCUGGAGACCUGCCACUUCCAGAGCUUCUGGACAAGUCUUGAAGAGAAUCGGGAGCUCAUUGACGGAAUUACUGGCUUUGAAGACUCUGUCCGCAAGUUCAUCUGCCAUGUAGUGGGCAUCACUUACCAGACCAUAGAUCGCCGCUUGCUGGCUGAGAUGCUGGGAGACCCUCUGGACACACAGGUGAAAGUGUGGAUGAACAAGUACAACUGGACAGAAACAGAGGAUGGACAGAUCUUCGUCUUCAACCAGGAGGAGAGCGUCAAGCCAAAGAACAUCGUGGAGAAGAUUGAUUUUGAGAGUGUGUCGAGCAUCAUGGCCACCUCUCAGUGACACACAUUGAAGACUUUCAUAUAAACACUUUUACACACAAUGAAAAUAAAUUAUCGUUUCUGA